UGUAUAAGCAAUAUCUUACCUAAAAAAUGUCAACCAUCAUUGAUGUGGCAGAGUCAAGCAACCCUCGUGUUAAUGAAAAGGCUGCUUUAAUUGCAUCCCCUCAAAAACCAGGAGGAUGGAAAAAAGGCAUAGCCAUAAUGGAUUUCAUUCUAAGGUUAGGUGCCAUAGCAUCUUCUCUUGGUGCUUCUAUCACCAUGGCAACUAGUGAUCAAAUUCUACCUUUCUUCACUCAGUUCUUUCAGUUUGAAGCUAGUUAUGAUAGCUUUACAACUUUUCAGUUUUUUGUGAUAGCAAUGGCAUUUGUUGGUGGCUACUUGGUUCUAUCCCUACCAUUCUCCAUAGUAACAUUCAUUCGUCCCCAUGCAACUGGACCAAGGCUUUUCCUCAUCAUCUUAGACACAGUGUUUCUUACUCUUGCUACUUCUUGUGGAGCUUCAGCUGCUGCCAUGGUUUACUUGGCUCACAAUGGCAAUCAAGACGCAAACUGGCUUGCCAUUUGCAAUCAAUUUGGAGAUUUCUGUGCACAAACUAGUGGUGCUGUUGUCUCAUCUUUUGUUGCUGUGGUGGUUCUUUUGUUGUUGAUUGUUUUGUCCUCUUUGGCUCUUGGAAGACAUUAGAAAAAUUAGAUUGCAAAAGAUUCAUAUUUGCAGGGGCAUAAGUUACCUGUAUGAUUCAUUAUGUUUGGUUUUGUUUUGUCUGUUUUUUUUUUCUAGUCUUGUGAGAUUAAAUCUUCUAUUAGGAGGUGAUGAAAUGUAAUUGAUUGCUUGCAUUUAAUUAAUUUGGGCCAAUGUUUU